AUGUCGUGGUUAUUUGGUAUUGGAAAAGGGCCACCUGCUCCUGGAUCUCCAUCAGAACCGCAGCCACCUGUGCCUCCUCCACCAGUCGGUGGAGAUGGAGGGGAUAAGAACAAGCCCAAGGACAAAUGGAGCAACUUUGACCCUACUGGACUGGAGAGAGCUGCCAAGGCGGCUCGCGAUCUUGAUCAGUCGCGCCAUGCCAAGCAAGCCCUAGAUAUGGCUAUGAUGCAGGAGCAGACAUUACAGUUGGAACAGCAGAGCAAAGUGAAGGAAUAUGAAGCUGCAUUAGAACAGAUGAAAGUUGAACAAAUUAGAGUGCAGGGAGAGGAGAGAAGAAAAACUCUUGGAGAAGAAACAAAGCAAAAUCAAGCGAGGGCCCAGUAUCAGGACAAACUUGCAAGGCAACGAUACGAGGACCAGUUAAGGCAGCAGCAAGCGCUUAAUGAGGAGAACCUAAGAAAACAGGAGGAGUCUGUCCAGAAACAGGAAGCCAUGAGAAGAGCUACAGUCGAACAUGAGAUGGAGCUGCGGCAUAAGAAUGAGAUGCUACGCAUUGAGGCAGAAGCACGAGCACGUGGCAAGGUGGAACGAGAGAAUGCUGAUUUAAUCCGUGAACAAAUUCGCUUGAAAGCAGCAGAACACCGUCAGACUGUCCUGGAAUCUAUCAAAUCGAGCAUAUGGAGAUCUACAAAAGAUGAAAGAAGAGUCAAGAUCGAGCAUAUGGAGAUUCGAGCAUAUGGAGAUCUACAAAAGAUGAAAGAAGACAUUGAAGGAAAUGAGCACAGUGAGGGCUGCCACACUCAGCAGAGACAUUUCCAAGCUGUUCUAUAUUUUGGGUCUGGUUUCUCUGGAAUCCCUAAUUUCAUUUCCCUCAUUCCCUGUCCCAGCUUUUUUUUCUUCUGUGAUCCUUGCCGUCUUCCUAAAGAAGCAUUCACAACCAUCUUCUUGGUGGAAUGCUUCAAGUUUGUCAUGCCACCAAUGCGUUCUUGGUCAUUGGUGGCUGGACUGACUCUACUGGCUGUUGGAGUAUACACUGCAAAAAAUACUACAGCAGUUGCAGGGCGUUACAUUGAGGCACGACUAGGCAAACCUUCCUUGGUGAGAGAGACUUCUCGAAUUACAGUACUAGAUGCAGUAAAGCAUCCUAUAAAGGUGACAAAAAGGCUAGCCAGCAAACCUCAUGAUGCUUUGGAAGGAGUCGUGCUAAGUAUAGAGGUGCAGGUGGUUUCAUUGCAGAUUUGGUUCAUCAACAUGGGAAUAUGGUGUACCUUUCAACAAAAUCCCAUUUCCUCAAAUGUUUGUCAGCCUACAUUGGAGGAACGUGUGCGAGAUAUUGCCAUAGCAACUAGAAACACAAAACAUAAUCGAGGUUUAUACAGGAAUAUCCUCAUGUAUGGACCACCUGGAACUGGUAAAACUCUGUUUGCCAAGAAACUUGCCAUGCAUUCUGGCAUGGAUUAUGCCAUCAUGACUGGUGGUGAUGUUGCCCCUAUGGGGCGGGAAGGAGUUACUGCUAUGCACAAAGUAUUUGACUGGGCUAAAACCAGUAGAAGAGGCCUUUUGUUAUUUGUUGAUGAAGCUGAUGCAUUCCUUAGGAAAAGAGCAACAGAAAAAAUUAGUGAAGACUUGAGAGCAACACUAAAUGCAUUCCUUUACAGGACAGGGGAGCAGAGUAACAAAUUCAUGCUUGUUUUAGCCAGUAAUCAACCAGAGCAGUUUGACUGGGCCAUUAAUGACAGAAUAGAUGAAAUUGUGAACUUUGAACUCCCAGGAUUAGAGGAACGAGAGCGACUGGUGAGGUUAUACUUUGACAAGAGUGCAAUAAGAUCAGAUGUGUAUUAUCUUAGGUGCUUUCAGAAAAGUCAUGAAUAUAUAGAACCUCCUUUCUUUCCACUAACAGAAAAGCUUCAUAAUGAUCCAUUAUAG